AUGACAACCUUUGAAGAAGCUGCUCAAAAAGUUAAAGAAUUCACCAAGAAACCAUCAAAUGAUGAAUUAUUAAGCCUUUAUGGCUUAUAUAAGCAAGGAACCGAUGGUGACUGCAAUAUUAGCGAGCCAUGGGCCGUACAAGUUGAGGCAAAGGCCAAGUAUAACGCUUGGAAUGCUCUCAAAGGUACCUCAAAAGAAGAUGCCAAAGCUAAAUACGUUGCUCUCUAUGAACAAUUAGCCACCAAAUACGCUUAA